AUGCCGAAUCCGCCGCCGAAAGAAGAUACGUGGGCGUUCCAGCCGAUCGGCUCGCCUUUCCCGCCGAGUCCUGUCAAGUGUAUGGGCGAGCAGAAUAUGUACGUGGCGCUGUGGUACAAGCACGGAAAGCCGAUUCACGGACGCUCGUGGAACAACGGAGGAGUCGUCGAGUGCUCGUUUCCCUACAAGGACGCGGAGCUGUCGACGAAGCAGCAGCUGGAGGGGCAGAUCCAGGUGCUCCAGUACCUCGGAGACCAUAACACCCAGGGUGAGAGAAAGAGUUGUAAGAGACGGUAGUUUAAGAGGAAAGAGUUUAGGCUUUUGGUACGAGUGGAUCAAGUACAAGGACCGUCUCGAGAAGCUCGAUGACAAGCACCAGCUGGUGCGUUGCGGAGACUCGUUCCCGAUCUUCUGGAAGCGUGCCGAGGGCAACCUGCUCGGCUACGUGGACAACAAGACCGAGGAGGCGUGGUUCUCGAUCAACGGCAAAGUGCUGAAGCAGCUCGGUCCGCAGCUCAACGAGAUGUUCAUUAUUACGCGCAACUGCAUCGGCGGACCGCCCCACUGCCCGUGUGCGGUCUGUGGAGCCGCGCCGCCGCCGCCGAAGCCGGUGCCACGUGUCGAGAGGGACGAAUGGAUGGACAUCCGCGAGGGAGAUCCGUGGCCGACGCGUCCGCUCGUCAAGGCUCUUGACAAGUCACUCGACACGCUGCCGGGCGUCAAUCCCGACCAGUAUGUGGCCCUCUGGUACAUGCAGGGAGAGCCCGUCAUGGGACGCGUCUGGAAUGAGGGAGGAAAGGUAAUCAACCAAAUCGAUUUGAGAUUUGAGUCUCAUGGGUUGGAAUGUUCAGGUGGCGGCCAAUUUCUCGUGGUUCAACAACGAGUACGCGAAGAACAUCGGAUCGAUGCAGCUGCUGAUCUACCUGCCGGACAGCGUUCGCGGCUUCGACUACGGAUGGAUUCCGUUCCCCGAGGCGGCCAAGUUCGGCGACAAGGAAUGGCAUCCGGUGCACGUGAACAACCACAAGGGCGACAUUUCGGUCGGAGUGGUGAACCUGCCCGGAGGCAAGCAGAUUCUCGCCAAGAUUGACGUCCGCAACGAGAAGUACGGCUACGGAUACCAGGGCAAGGAGCACUCUGCGACCGCGAAGGGCUGCUCGGACAGCACGAUCGUGCUCUGCCGCAAGGCCAAGCCAGGCUACAAACUGGACGGAUAA